AUGAACUCUCGCGAGCAGUCUGAUAUGCCUCCGGCACCUUCUUACCCAUCCCCCAACGGUGCGCAGAUGGCCCAGGGCGCCAUGCCGUAUUACAGCAACCGCCAAAUGACCACCGAUGAACUACUAUCCGCUGAACUUUCGCGCGAAGCCUCCAAUCCUGGUCUUGGUGAGUCAAACAAUGGAGUUCACCAUGGCCAGUCUAUGGUUCUAGGUUCCAACAACGCUGGUGACAUGGGCCGUACGUCUUCAGAUGAUCAACACCAGCACCAGCACAUGCUUCAGUUUCCUCCCAGUCAGCAAGUGGGAGUAGACCCGAAUCACGAUUUGAGUUAUGGUGAACAAAGUGCGCGCAAGCGGUCUAAAAUAUCAAGAGCCUGUGACGAAUGUCGACGAAAGAAGGUCCGAUGCGAUGCCAGCUCUGAGACCGGGCUGGAAACAUGCUCCAAUUGUCAGCGCCUCGGCGUCGUGUGUCAGUUCAGUCGCGUUCCAAUGAAACGCGGCCCCAGCAAAGGAUAUAUCAAGGAACUCGCCGAGCGACUCCAUACUCUGGAAAACCAGAUGCAGCCCGGAAUCGUGCAGCCCGACGUGCCAUAUCAAUCUAUGAACGAAGUAUCGCUACCGAGAGGGUACCAGGACUUUGCAUCGCCAGUGGAGUCAAACCCGGGCAAUCGCAAGAGAACAUACUCGGCCUUCGAGGGUCUUCCCAGCUCUUCGUUUGCCCAACCGUCCUUCAAUGCCCGGGUUUCCCAAAACGCCUUCGACGCGAACGAGACAGCGGCGGACCCGUACAACCCCACUGUGGCUAGCGGUAGCGCACCAAAACCUGGCAACUUGUUCUGGAAUUUGACUGGCCACGAGAAUGAUUUACCAAGCGGGCUUGAGAUGACCGAUCUGCCCAAGCAUGAGGGCGAUGAUGACAUGAGCCCAGUGACUCUGGAUGAAGGUGCUCUUGAUGCCUACUACCAAAAGAUUCACACCCUGCUACCGAUUCUUCCCCAUACCAAGGAGCGAACAUUGGAGCUUUUGCAUCAGUGCAACCGUGAAGCCCAAGAGAUCUUUUGUUAUGCGUUGUACAGUGUCACUCGGACAGACCUGACUCGUGUGGCGGGUAACUUCGAGAAGAUCAAUGGGUUUGACAAUGCGCAGGAUCUAUUGUUAUUCCACACACGCCAGCCAUUGAUCGUCCACUCGACCUCUGUCAACCUGAUUUGGCUUCAGUCACUUCUGCUUAUGAUCAUUGACUGCGAUACUCGCGGACCAGACAAUUUCGUGCUGAAAGACGGCGUUCCAAAAGGAAGCCUGGUCCAAGCAGCUAACAAGCUGGGAUAUGACUUGGCCAAAAGCCAGGGCCAGCUGAAGAAUAAGCGCACUGUAGACCCCGACGUCGAUUCAGACGCCAACCUCACCAGGCGUAACUGGGUUUCUCUGAUCAUCCUGGCCCGGUGGUAUGCUAUCAGUGUAGCAGAUGCCACCGUACUGGGGGGUCACGAGAUUGGAGGUCACGAAGAUGAAAGGGUCGUCGGUCAAAUCACUACUGGGAUUGCUUCUUACUCAACAUUCCUCUCGGAACUUGUUACGCUGGUCAACGUCGACCACAAUGUCUGCCAGACCAACUCUGGUUUGGGUCGUAUAAUUGGUUCAAACCUAGUAUCAUCCCUGGAGCGUCUAGCAGAGAUGGAAGACAUCUUCCAGAUUCACGAAUUACCCGAGAACUCGUCAACUCGACCACUUUAUGAGAGCCUUCAAGCCCAACUUUACUGGACGAUCCGACUCCUUAUCAAACGCCACGUCUUCGUCUACAGCCCAUAUGAGAUCAUCUUCUGCGCACAAGAGAUAGUCAACGAGAUGCACAGAUCCGCCAUGCAAGACCGACUCCAAUCACCCUUCGACCUUCACAGUCUGGCUCUCGCAUCGAUGACUCUUCUAGAGGCCACUGUUCUCCCGGAACACGCCACCGAAUGCUGGGGCGCCCUCGAAAAGAUCGAAAAAAUCCUCGACCGCCGUGCAUCCAGCGGCGUCGAAUUCGAUAAUGUCUUCGGCACCCCAGAAUGGGACGCCAAGAUCCGCAUCUUCAUCGAGUGGCGCCGCAUCAAGUCCCAGGAGAGUCAGCUCCAGGAAGCCGAAAUUGGUGGUCUCGCCAAGUCGCAACAACCUGUCAUGGGCGCCAACGAGCAACGUUCUCUUCAGCACCUUGCUGAUCUUGCUGUCGGUGCUGAGGGCUCUGUGGGCCAGAAUGCGCCCACCACGCCCCCACCCGGUCUUUCCCACGAUCAGAACGAAACAUCGCCAAAUCUCAAUCCGCAGCUGGCGCAAUCUCAGGCUGGGUCCGGUCGUGUUGUUGUGGACUUCACUAUGCUUACCAAGGAGGGCUAUUUGAAUGUGUUCUCUGGGUUAAUCUACCGUCGCAGUCGUUGA